AUGAAGGAGAAAACACCUGAGCAGAGGUCACAUCUCGCCCUGCCGAGAGUCACCUGCUCUCCUCGGAGGAUAAAAGCUGCUUUUGGUCCACAGGUCAAAAGUAAUAUACGUGUUAAAGACCUAACGGGGGCUACGGUCACAGUGGCUGAAUCUGAGGGGUUCUGUGGUGUGAUACUGGACAGAGAAAAGGACCAGACCAUCUCCUUCAUCAGCAGAUAUGACAGCUGCUAUACUCAGGUUGAGGGCAGCAAAGUGGUCAUCCCUCUGCAGGUCCAGCUGACAGGAGAGGAUCGAUGGUUCAGGGUAAAUAUUAGCUGCCCUCUGAUAAAGAGAUCCAGUAAGAGGACUCAAUGUCUUAUAUCUCUUUUUCCAGCAUCACCUGGAAAUUGUAACACCGAAAAAGCCCUAAGAGUGGAUUGUGGCCACCAAAGGAUUUCCAGUGACGCGUGCUACAAACUGGGGUGUUGCUAUGAUUCUCGUGAUUUAACGUGCUACUACAGACUUAAUGCCUGCUCUCUGGAUGGACACUUUGUGUUCUCAGUGAAGACCACAGAGACAGACCCGCCUAUUGAUCCGGCCAGUCUCAUAGUCAAGGAUCAGCCGCACUGUGUCCCUGCGGUCACCACCCAAGACACAGCUGUCUUCAAGAUUGGACUCAUGGACUGUGGUGCGAAAAAGAAGGUAGACAAAGAUGUGAUGAUCUAUGAGGUGGAGGUGGAGGAGCUGCAUGCUAAAGAUAUCAACCAAAAUUCUACAUUUAGUCCACCAGUCCUCCAGGUCCAGUGUGAAUAUGAACCAUCAGAUCUAAAGCGUGCAGCAGAUUUGCGGUCCUUAUACGCAGUGACCAAUCCACCACCUGUGGUCGCUCUGGGAACCAUCAAAGUGCAGAUGAGAAUAGCCACAGAUGCCUCUUUCACCUCUUUCUUUCCUGAGGACCAGCUUCCACUCACCUUGCCCCUGCGUAAAUCUGCAUACAUGGAGGUCUCCAUCGCCCAGCCAUCCCCAGACCCUUCGCUUUCCCUGCGUGUUCGGGACUGCUUCGCCUACCCGGCAUCUAGACAUUCUGUGUGGACGCUUCUUUAUGAUGGAUGUCCCAACCCUAUGGAUAACAUGAGAAGCACUUUCCCUGUGGACGACAAGGGGAAAACCAACUCCCACUCCCAAAUCAGGAGGUUUGACGUCAAGACCUUCGCCUUUUUAGAUCCUCAUACAGGUCAUCCAAGUGUGGAGGAAAUGUACUUCUACUGUUGGGUGGAAAUCUGCACAGAAGAUAUUGACUGUGCACAGAAUUGUGCCAUCAUAUUUUCUGAGGGCAACAGACAGAAAAGAGAGACCCUGUUUGAGUCUGACAAGGUCCAACUAGUCUCUUUAGGGCCUCUGCUGCUGGGACAGAAUAACACUGAGCUGGAGGUCAAUCCAUGUGCUGAAAAGAGCAAAAUGUUUCAGGUGACAGUGUAUAUUCUGGCUGCUGUUGGUGCUGCCCUGCUUUUGGUCGUGAUGAUUACUGUAUGGUCAAGCAUCAAGAAGCGUCAGAAACCAGAGGCACAGCAAACUUGCGAUGCACAAGUUGACAGUGAACAGCCUAAAUAA